AUGCGGGCCGUCAAAAUAUUGACGUGGAGCUCCUCACCUUUCGACUUGACCGCCGCACUGGUCCACCACAUGCAAUUGACCCCUGUUACUAUGCGGUCCAUGCGUUGUGUGUCUGACCUAGACACGUAUGGAGGUCCAGCGAUGCCAUCAGGGAUACAACCCUCUGCGUGGCAUACUCGCCCCAGCAUCCGGAAAUUUGUUAUUUUUCUUUGGGUGACCGUUGCAGCAUGCACUGGAUGGGCCGCACUCGUCAUGUAUUUUGGGGACAAAUUCGUCAAGAUGAAAACAUUGUCUAACAAUCCGCUAACCCCACACACGUGGUCGUUCUUGCCCAACGAUGCGCUAUCCACUUUUAUCUCGUAUGAUAUGCCUGGUGUCAAUGACACUAAGGUGUGGAUUCUGCUCUUUGUCAAUAUAGCAGUUAUCCAGGGGCCAUUGACGCUUGGGCUACAUUGCUCGGAGCUCAUCGCGAAUGUCAUUCGAGACGAGAGACAGUGGAGAUGCGCUACCGGAAGGAAGGGACUUAGAGCCGCGACGAACCCGUUGAAGACGAUUUUCACUCAUCCAAUUUGUCUCGUACUUUUCAUCGCGAAGCCUUUCCUGCGUGAGUUAUUCCUUCAUACAUGGUCUCUGACAGCCAGAUGGGACAGUGGGAAGUACUCAUGUUCCCUGCCCAGGCUCGUACUCACUGCCUAUGUUAAACUGCUACAACAUUCUCACACCCUCGUGCAGAUCUGGAACUUAUGCAUAGCGCUGUUUAUAUUUGCCUGUUUCUUCACUUUCGUCGCACUGCGCCGACCGCGUGGCUCCCAGCCGGCUGCAUAUGGUCACGUCCAGCCAUUCGCUAACCGAGUGGACGAGUGGUCGCCUGUGAUGUGGUGGGGACACAAGAAGGACGGAAUCCUAUAUUGUCAUGCUGGUAGGGUACUUAUCUGUUCAUGA